AUGGCCGACGACCCUUCCUCUUCGUCGUCGAGCCCCAAUGGUCAGCUUUUGAUUUUAUCCAAAAGUUAUUUAUUUAUUUGAGAAAUAGAAGUUUAAUUGGUUUGAACAGUUGCAGGCGAGGGCAAACAAACCAAACGGAAAGAUUCGUUCGACGAAUUCGAAGAGUCCAACAUGGACACCAUCGAGUUGGAUGGCGAUGAUCACCCGGAAACAAGGUUUUUUUUUAUUAAUUUGUAUAUUUUUGUGUGUUUUUCCAUCUGUAUUUUCGACGUUUGAAAAUCGAGCUAUUUUGAAAGAAAAUCGAUUAAAUUCGCUCAAAAAAUACUUUCUGACGUAUUUGAAGCCGUAAUGUCGUGUUUAAAGUGAAUUCCGCGAAAUUCAAAAUUAUCUCUGACUCUCACAAGUUUAGUUAUCUUUUUUUUUCUCUGAUAAAAUCCGCGAAAUCACCUUGAACAGGGCAUAGAAGUCUUGUAUCAUAUGCCGUGUUCAAAGUGAAUCCGCGAAAUUCAAAAUAGCCGUCAGAGAAAGAGAAAGAUAACUAAAUUUUGGAGGGUCAGAAACCAUUUUGCAUUUCGCGGAAAUUACUUUGAACACGGCAAUAAUACGGAAAAAGUCGUUUCGCCUGAAGAUUAUCAUGAAUUUUUUGAGCGUGCGCCUUUAAUAUUCGAAAUUCAAAAAUGCGGUGGUAUGAAAAAAAAAACCAGCGAAAAUUCAAACGGCGACUUUUCUGAUUUUUUCAUGUCGCUAGGGAACUUUCCGACUUUUUUUCCCUUAUGUUUUUCGGUUUAAAAACAUGUAAACAUUGUUUUUUCCUAUUUCUUUGUGUUUCAAUCAUAAACCAAGUACCUGCUUUAUAUAGGAAGAUUUAAAACGACGAUUUUAUCGAGAAAAAAGUCGGAAAAAGAUUCGUAGGAAAGUUCCCUAGCGAUACAAAAAUCGGAAAAGUCGCCGUUUGAAUUUUUCGCUAUUGUUUUUUUUAAUACCACCAACAAUGCACCUUUGAAAACCCCAGCAAGUUUUUUUCGAAUACAGAUUUUUAAAUAAACAAUUGAAAAAUCUAAUCUUGAGUUUUUUUGAAUUUUUUUAUGAUCUCGAUUUCGCAGGAUUUAAGUAGGUUCUUAAAGUUUUCUGAAAAAUGUAAUCGCAUUUCAUUGUUGAUUUUGUCUGUUUAAUCGAAAUUAGUAUGUUUUAAUUUCGAAAAGGUUUGACUUUUGAUUUAAAAAAAUUAGUGCGAAGUUGCUUUAAAAUAGUAGUCAGACAAAAAUUUUUCUCAAAUUAACAUUUUCGAAAGUUUACUAACCUGACGAUUGUUUCAAAAGUUUUGGAUUUAUUUGAAAAUAAAUAUAUUCAGAUUUUUUUCGAAGAUCACUCAGAGUGGAAAUUUGUUUUGAGAAUUUUGUCACGCAAUUUUGUGGAAAUUUGAGGGUUUCUAUUGUUUUUUGUAGUUCGUAAAGAUACAAAUUGAAUAUUUUCGUGCAAAAAUGAAUUGGGGAAAAAUGGGAAUUGUUGAGAAGAAGGGAGAUAUUGGAUAAUGAUUUUUUUAAAGGAAAGAAGAAGCGAAGCAAAACGGACCAUCGAAACAGUUGACAGUGAAAUUCGACGCCGAUGAUCCUCCGUCGCAGAAAAAAGAAGUGGAAUCUGUUUCAGGUUUUUUUUAAUCCCAGAGCUCCUGAAAGGGCCGGAUUAUCUCUGACCCUCCAAAAUUCAAUUAUCUUUUUUCACUCUCUGACCAAUUUUGCGCAAUUACCUUGAAUAGGGCGUGGCAAAUUUUUUUUUAUCCCAGAGCUCCUGAAAGACCCGAAAAGUUGACUAUGAGUCCGAAGGACUUCAGAAUGGUCCAUAGAACUGCAAAAUUGAAAGUUAUUGUAGAAAUUUUUAGCAAUUAUUUGAAGUUUUUCGCCGUUUUCAGUUUCGAAUUUGAGUUUUCUCAGAGGGUUAGGGGUUAGAAGGAGCUUUUUGAGCCUUUUCAGGAACAUUUGAAAGAUCUCUCGCUUUCUUGAAACCCUUGGCAGAAAUUUCAAAAAAAAAACUUUUUUUUUUCAGCUGAAGUUUCAGUACACUUCCAAAGGUUUUUCGCCGUUUUCAGUUUCGAAUUUGAGUUCUCUCAGAGGGUUAGGGGUUAGAAGGAGCUUUUUGAGCCUUUUCAGGAACAUUUGAAAGAUCUCUCGCUUUCUUGAAACCAUUGGCAGAAAUUUCAAAUUUGGCCUCUGUUUCUUUGAGCUGAAGUUUCAGUAAACUUCUAAAGGCUUUUCGCCUUUUUUUUUAGCUUCGAAUUGAAUUUCAGGAAAAAAAAUUUGCUCAAAAUAAGAUUUUUUUUUUCUCUUUAGCGCUCCCCUAAAGGGUUCACAAUCCAUAUAGUGGCCUCUUUUGCAAGCUGUAGCUCCCCCGCCUCUCUAGGAAGAAUUAAGGUGGUCCCGAGAGCCUUCAAGUGCCAUUAAGACUGCCUCUAUAGGGACCACUUCGGAUUCCUCAAGUGGAGGAAAAUUUCGAUUUCUCAAUUUUUUUCCUCAGUAGCGCUUCUGAAGUUUUCCGCCUUUUUAGUCUAAAUUAGAGUUUUUUCUCAAAAAGGAAAAGUUUAGAAGAAGCUUCUUUGGCCUUUCAAGGAACAUUUAAAAAAUAUUGAUUUUUGAAAAUUCAAAAAAGACUUGGCUUAUAAUGACUCAAUCGCGCUUUCAGUAGCGCUUCCACUGGCGGUGACUGAUCCGUCGGCCCUGCAACAGGAAAGUCCGGUACCCGUGCCGGUGAUCGAGUCCCUUCCGCCGCUUCCGGAGGGUAAAGAGCUUGAGAUCGAAGUACGUUGCCUUUCCUGCUUCUCGUCGGCACUCACGGUUAUUUUGAGGGGAAUUUUGAAAAGCUUCUUUGAGAAAUACUGGGAAAAUUUCUAGUGGCCAUUAUAGAGGCUCCACAAGAACUACUUGAAGAGGACACUAGAGUGGCCACUAAACCCACCUCUGUAGUGGCCACUUUCCGUUUUAGUGGCCACUUCAGUAGUUUUUCAUCCAGUAUUCCUUCCAGUAACUCUGAUAAUUUUAAAACAAACAGAUUGGACCAGUUAUGUUGAUCCAUUGACCCCUUAAGUGGCCACUAAAACUUUUAGUGGUCUAGUAGUUGCACUUAGACCUCUAUAGUGCCACUAACUUCAAACCCUUAAAGAGGCCACUAAUUUAACUACUAUAGUGGCCAUUAAAACGUCAAAAUCCUAUAAAAGCCCUAAAGUUUUUCCCAGUGCGACUAAUGACAGAAAUAUGAAAAUUUUCAAAAUUUGUUAUUUUUGAAAGCUUCUCAAACUUCCCUUGAAAGAAAACCUGGUUUUUUUUUACUAUCGCUUGUUGUGUAACUGCUACUUUUUCGUGGUCUUCACUUUUUUUGAAAGAAAUUUUCGAGAAAAAAACCUUAUUUUUUUAAGGAAAUUUAUUGAUUUUUUUGGAAUUUUUAUGGUCAGGCGGCAGAAUCUCUCUGAUAAUGUCAUCAUUUUUUUCGAAAGAAAAAAAUAAUUUAGGAGUUUUUUUUUCUCUUUUUGAGCAUAUUUACUCAUGAUUUCGACAUGGAAAAAGAAUGAAUUCGAAAAUUUUCAAGUUAAACUCCAAGAAAACAAGAUUUUCUGGUUCUUUCGUCAUUUGGACUUUGAAAAAAUUACAUUAGGAAGAUUUUUGGCCUCGAAUUUUCUGUGAAAUAUCUGACGCAGAAGGUAAUUUGAAUUACGGUCCGGAUUUUCCUGAAAUUUCGCCGGAAAACUUUUCGAUGUACUGAUUAGAAAUGUGAAAUAGCAAAGAUUUUCAAACUUUUUGGAGUUGUUUUAAAGUUUUUUUGUAAGCUAUAGUAGCCUAAAUUUGAAUGCUUUUUUUGGUUCCUUGUAUCACAAAUAGCUAUAGUUUAACACUUUUUUUGAAUUUUGUCAGCCAAAAAAAUUGUACUGGUGAAGGUUCUGAAAGCCUGAAUUAUACAUGGGAAUCCCCCUCUAAGUUCGAAAAAAAGAUUUCUAGCCAAAAAGAAUUUUUUUACGACUUUUGCGAACCCCCAUUUUCUCGUUUUUUUGCCAAGUCCCUCCCCUUUUUGAGGUCCCACCGAGACUAUACCAUGUAUGGCCUGAACCUGCCCAAAUUUCUAGUUCUGGGCCUACUUUACCGGGUUUUUUGGGUUUGAAGUGUCCAUUCUCAGAAACUAGGAAGUUUUGCAGGUUCAGGCUUUCAGAAUCUUUUUCUGGUACAUCAAGGAGUAAUCUGGUCAAUUUGGAAGAAAAUCUGAACCGUAAAGUAAAAAGAAAACCUUUCGGAAAGAAAAAAAGUGAAGACCCAUUUUUUUGUUGUUUCUUCUUUCCCCCUGCUUCUGUUCUUUUCUUUUGCACGUGUGUCGUCUCAGCCGAUCGGCGCCGACACGACGAUGACGUCCUUCUACAUCGAAUACGACCUGACGCAGCCCGGGACUCCGACGACGCCGAGCCGUCGCGAGAGCAUCUCCGGCUCGCUGAACAACGCCUCGCGUCGGGGCAGCCUCGCCUCCUUCACUCGUCCCAUGUCUAUCCCCUUUAGUGUUCGUUUUUUUGGUUAUUUUGUUCGUGUUUUUGGGUAUAUCCCUUUGCUCUCCAGCUUGUCACGAUUUUUUAAAUCCUUUUCUUGUACUUCGGUAAUAUCCGGACGUCUCUGACCCGGGAAUGGUCUCUGGUCGCAUUGGGACUUCUGAAUGAGACCAAGUUUUCUAGAUGUAGUUUUUCACGCUGAUUCCAAAACUGGUCUCAAAAAUUGCCCAAUACGUCUGUGAAAAAAGUUAUGGACCAUUUUGGGUGAACGUAUUGGGCAACUUUUGAGACCAGAUUUGGAAUCAGCGUGAAAAACUACAGAAAACUUGGUCUCAUUCAGAAGUCCCACUGCGUCCCGAGACUAUUCCCCGGUGAGUCAUUCUAUGGAUCACUGAAGAGUGCUAAAGUUACUAAAGUGAUCACUAGAAAUGCCCAGAUUUCGCGUUGCCAAGGUCCCAGUUCAAGCUACAUAACAAUCAGUUUUCGAUCAACAACAGUUUUCCGAACCAAAAAAUUAUUCAAUUAUUUCAUGAUUCGACAGAGAAUCUUCUCUGUCGAAUGAAUUAAUGUAUAAAUGUGUUAAAAGUAAUUUCGGCGGUUUUGAAAUCGACCCGUUAUUGGAUGAAAUGAUUUAGAGAAAUACGCGAAAUCGGAGCUCCAGGAGCCGUUAGAAAAUCUGGUUUACAGCGAGAUAGCGACUUCUUACUUGCGAAAAUUCAUGUUUUGGAAAUACUUGAGGAGAAAUUAGACUUUAAAAAAGAAUUUUCCUAAAAAAAACCUGUUUUUCGAGUGAUUUUAACCCGAUUUUUGAAAAAGAUAAGGUUUUUUCUUGUUGAAUUCUGGAAAAAAUGACGAAAUUAAGGUUUUUUUUAUAUCUUUCUUUCCUUGAAUUUUUUUCUUUAUGCAAAAGUUCUUGUUUGUAAUUUUUUUUUCCUUGAGAUUUACAGCUUUUUUUUUGGAGAUUAUCAUAUAGCCUCUAAUUUUAUGCGAUUAGGAAGGAAGUAAAGAGUUUUUUUUCCACGGGGUUUUUGCAAAAAAAGUGUAUGAUUUUAAAAAAAGGAUAAUCUUUUAAUUAGAUGAACUAAUUGAGUGCAAUUAACCUGCGUGAGAGCCCAUAAUUUAUUAAUUAGUAACUUAGAUUCUAAUUAAUCUAUUUGCACUUUAUUUCUGUUAAUAUUUUCACUGCUUUUGAAGCUUUUCUGUCGUGAUUUUGGUUUUCCCUGCUUUCAAGCUUUUUUUGCCUUUUUCUCCAGAUUUCUGGAAGUUUCCCAAUAUAAUUAUAGGAAGAAGUGACGGCGAGUUUGCCAAGGCUUCUGUCCAAGACGACGUUGAUCCACAGCAGCGAGGAGGCCCCGGAAGACACGAUUCAGAGGCUCGUCAGCGCCGUCAGGGCCAACAACGUCGACAAGACUCAUAUCGUCGAUAAUUUGUUUAAUUUGGUCAGGGAUUUUUUAUAUUUUUAGCGCGGAAAGAGAGAGAAGCUCAAAAAAAGCCGAAAAAUGGCCGCAAAAAUGCCGCAAAAAGGAAGCAAAAAGGCAGCAAAAAAGCCGCUAAAAGGCAGCAAAAAGAGUCCCUUUAUCGAGCUUUCCAUAUUUUCUGUGUUUUUAAAGGUUCAAGAUAUAAUGGAAAAAGAAGAGCCAGCAGAAAUGGUGCACAAAAGCCGAUAAAAUGGCGCAAAAAGGCAGCAAAAAAGGAGCCUUUCUCACCCUAAAAGGAACAUUUCUAUGGAGCCUUUUCCACCCAUUUCGACUUUGUCUAUGUUCAAUUUUAUUGUUACAACCAGGGUUCUCCGAAUUUUUUUCUUAAGGAGAAAUUCCUACGUUUCUGAAUUUCUCGAUUUCUUGAGAUAGAAACCUUGGCUUUCGUGAAGAUUUUGAAACGAAAAUGAAGGUUUUCAGGUCGAAAUUAAGAUUUUUCGAGCUGUUUCCCUAAAAUUUUUGUAGAUAUCUCGAAAUUUUGAAACGAAACUUCGAUUUCAAAAAAGCGAGCCUCGAGAAACACUGGUUGCAACGCGGUCGCGAAGCGGUCGAACUUUGUCACUUUUUUUUGACUCCAAAUUUUUUCUCAUAGUUUCUAUCGCUGAAAUAUUUGCUUGCGAAUCGUUUUCCAAUAUAGUUCCGAUUUUUACGCGUAAGAAGGGAGAAAUUUAAUAUUUUCGCUUUUUUUUGUAGAAAAGCCCAGAUCCUGUUCAAAUUUGUUCGAUUUGGCAAAGAAAUUCGCUUUUUUCCUAGCUUAAGAGCCGAAUCAAUAACUGAUAUUUUUGAUCUGCAAAGGUUUUCGAAGGGUUUAUGUUCUUUUUUUUGAUGAGAAUUAUGAUUGGAAAAUAUUCCUUUUUAUUCUUUUUUUCUAGUAAACUAAAAUCAAAGUUAAAUUGAACUUUUUUGUUUUUUCUUAUCGUUUUAAUGAAACUCAGCUCUCUUUCCAAUUUCGUAUCGCGCAAUUUUUUCGAGAAAGUCAUUUUUUUUUCGAAUCAAAGAGUGUCUUUCACUUUUUAAUAAUCAUAAUGCUACAUUGAGAAAAAAAAAUCAACAUUUCAUUUUCCAAUUCUCUUUUUUCCAGCUCGUGAGUGGCCAGUUCGAUCUUGAAACGAAGUUCGUGAUCGAGGAUCCUUCGAAUAUCGACAGAUUAUUGGCUUUCCUGUCCCAUUGCGACUAUGAUCUUCAGGUUUUUAAGAGAACUUUUUGGCAGGUUUUUCUAAUUUUUUCAAUUUUCAGACAGAAGUUUGGAGCGUUUUCCUCGCCGUCGUGAAGAAAAGCAACAGGAAUGUCGAAGCUUGCACCCGAGUCGGAUUGAUUUCGAAGUUGGUUGAUUUUUCAGAUGGAGAAAAAAAAAUCGACAUUCCGCUGUGCCGCUGCGCGCCUUUGCGAACCUUGGUCGCGCUUUUAAUUUUUUUUUUCUUUUUCUAGGGUACUCCACUUUCAUGUGCUCCCACAGCAAUAACAAUCAAUUGAAAGCGUGAUCUAGAUUCGAAAGACGCUUCGCGAACGCACGCAGCGGAACAGCGGAAUGUCGUUCCGUGAAAUUUCAAGUCGUGGUGCACAGAAUAUAUUUGCUAGUUUCCCGAUUUUUCCCGAGUUUUUUCUUCUUUCCAGCUUUUUGUUAGGUGCUCACUUUCUGAAAAGUUUUUCUGUAUUCUCAAAAUUUGCUUUCUCCCACUGUUUUUGGUGGUUCAAAGCUUGGGACUUCUAAGUCCCGACUCCUUCAAUAAAAUUUAUGGAAGUUCUCAUCUUCCCAAAUUUUUUUGCUCAAUUGCAAAAACUUUUUUUUUUUCGAGUGUCAAGGCUUUAUGUUCAGGUUUUUUGUAGCCCCUCCCUAAAAUUCAUAAAUUUCUCUUUUUUUUUCCCGAAAAAAAGUUGCUUCGUUUUAAAAACAGAUUUUAUAUUGAGAUUCAUGACAUGUGAAACUUUAGUUAGUCCCUUGAAACAUGGGAAAAAUUUUCAUUUUUCUGAAAAUUUUCGGCUAAAAAAGCUUUUAUCUCAAGAAUCAAGCUCGGGAAAAGUCGAAUGGGUGGAUAAUGGGCGCUAGAAGGGAGAGGCUCGAAAAAGGCAGCAAAAAGGCCGCAGAAAGGCAGCGAAAAGGCUCCAGAAUGGCUGCAAAAAGGCAGCAAACAGGCUGCAGAAAGGCUGCAGAAAAGCAACAAAAAGGGUACCUCUAUCAAGCCUUUCAUUUUUUCUGGUAUUUUAAGGCUCAAGAAAUGGUGAAAAAGGGAGAUGCAGCAAAAAUGGUGCAUAAAGGCCGAUGAAAUGGCGCAAAAAGGUAGCAAAAAGGAACCUUUUUUUCACCUUUUCCCACUUUUCCUAUGAGGCUUAGGACACCUCGCGAGCUAUUUUUUUAAUUUGUGAAAAUGGGAAAAAAAAAACUAUCCAUCUCAAUGACUUUACGGGACUUUAUUUUAUUUUCUUCCCAUGAUGACGUCACUUCAAAAAAUAUUUUUCAAAAUAAUCUAUUCUUACAGGGUCCUGGAACUUCUCCAAACUGCGCCGCCACUUUUGGCCGAUCUUCUGGUCCAAUUAUUAGCUGCUCUAGUCGCCUAUUCAAUCAACGUCAAACAGACGAAACAUUUGCUCCGUUCUUUGAAAGCUUCUGAUGGCCAAUGGGUCAGUGGGAAUCAUGUAGAAAAUAAUAGUGAUCAAAAAAAGGUUCAUAAAAUCCGCAAUUAUCAAAAAAACUGCUAUAUAUAUCCUUACCUCAAAAACAGAAAGUAAGUAAAAGGAGCUGGAUUUGAAAGAAAAUAAUUUUUCAACGAGAGUUUUUUUUUCUAAAUCAAGGAUUGGGCAUAAAAUAGGAGAAAAUCUCAGCAACAUGUGUCGUGGGAAAAUCGAAGUAGUUUAAUGUGAUUUUAUAGUCGAUGUGCCAAGAGUUGAAAUUUCAUGGAACGACAUUCCGUUGUUCUUGUGGUUCUAGUGCGCGCUGUCGCGAAACGCCUUGCCUUUGCGAAUUUCGGUCGCCCUUUUCAUUUUUUCUAAAAUCAUUGAAUAACGAAGAAAAAGUAUAAAAAAGAAAUUUCGAUAAAGGCUCAAUGAAGGAAAAAUAACGGAAUAUAGUGAACAAAACCAAAGACCAUCUCAUGAAAAACGCAUUUUUUCGCUUAAAAUUCGAAAAGUACUCAACUUUAUUUGUUUUUAUUGAAACAGCCUAUCUACUAGCAAUGAUAUUAAUGAGUUUGGCACGAAGAGAACUAUUUAAACAUAAUUAAAGUAGUGAAAAAUUUCAAAUAGAAGGAAAAAAAUGGAAAGCGCGACCGAAAUUCGCAAAGGUAAGGCGCUUUCACGGCCACAAGGCCACCCAGCGGAAUGUCGUUCCAUGAAAUUUCAAGUCGUGGCACAUCGAUUAUAUUAACAAUAAUUUAUCAAUAAAGUAAAGGGGGCCUAGAAAUCUUUUUCGAAUCGUCAGCUUUUGAUUUUUCAAACAAAGGAUUUUUCAACAAGAAAAAAAUAGAAUUUUUCCGGGAAGAUUCAAGGAAACCUUCUUUUUGAAAAAAAUUGAAACGAUGUUUUUUUGGUGAUAGAACUUUUAAAAGUGGAAUCUGGUUUUUUUUUUACCCAUUUUAGGUUAAUUUGCGCUAUCAUGCCUUGGUUAAAAUAAUUUCGCGAAAGUCAGAAUUGUAUCUGAAUCUCCAAUCUUUAAUAAUCUUUUCCACUCUCUGACUUUUUUUUUGCGUUUCGUGGAAUUACUUUGAACACCAAAUAAAAACGCAUUGUCUCCCUUUAAAAGUUCAAUUUUAAGCCGCCGAAUUCGCUCAAGCUUCUUCAUGUGCUCAAGGAGAUGCCGCCGCGGGACGGCGCCGACGUUUUUUUCACUUUUCCCGGAAAAGAACAAUCUGUAAUUGAUUAUCUGAUUAUCUCUGUUAAUUAACUAAUCAAGGGUAUAAUUCUGCCUCCGCUCAAAUCGAUCCCCCAUCAACAGGGCUGGACAUUCGCCACUUGGCUUCGGAUGGAGCCCCUGAAUAGUGUUACUUUCGAAAAAGAGCAACCGGUUUUGUACAGGUUUCUGCUUGAUUUCUGCAGAAAAAGACGGGUUUUUCAGCUUCCGAACGAGUAAAGGUAUUGGGUAUUCGUGCCAUUUUACGGGUAACUGCUUGGUUUUGACCGUGGAGAAGGCCAAGGGGAAGGAACAGCAACGGUGUAUCAAGGUAUCCUUUUCAUUUAUAAAUAGGUUCAUCAGUCAUAGAAAAAGUCUGAAGGGUCGGAAGAGGCCCCAUAGAAAUAUUACUUUUAGGGCGAGAAAAACUCCUUUUUUGCUGCCUCUUUGCGCCAUUUUCUCGGCCAUUAUGCACCAUUUUUGCUGCCUCUCCCUGUUUUCACCAUUUCUUGAAUCUUAAACAUAAAAAAAAGGGAAAGCUCGAUAAAGGGCUUUUUUUGCUGCCUUCCUGCGGCCUUUUUCGAACCUCUCCUUUCUAGCGGUCAUCAUCCACUAAUCCGACUUUGCCCGAGAUUUUAAAAAAGCAUAUCAAAUGAAAAUAUGUGGUUCCGUCUUUUUUAUGAAUUAAUUGAAUCGACAGAACCAAGAAGAACAAUUUUUUUCGCUGCUGGAAAGAAGAAUGAGUAGUGUUUUGUCCAUAAAAAAGUUUUGAAACCCUUAAACACAAGCAAAGUUCAAACGACCUCAAAAAGGUCUCAAAAAUAAGAGCCUUAAAACUUCCGAUUCCAGGCUGAACUCGUGGCCCGAAAAUGGCAUCACAUCGCCAUCGCGCACUGUUAUUCACGCUGGGGACGCAGCGAAAUCAAAUGCUACAUCGAUGGACAACUCGCAGAGACUUUUGAGCUCAGCUGGUGUGUUUUUGGAGCUUCUUGAGCUAUUGGGAAGUUCGAAAUGAGAGAAAAACGGCGUUUGAAACCAAUAUUGAACGUUUAUAGCCCAUUACAGGCCUGAUUUUCACGAUUUUUAUUUUCUUAUGAGCUACAGAACCCUUCCGGGACGAUUCCUUUUGAUGCGCGAGGCCUGUCUCUGGGCAUGCGCCUUUAAUAUAACUAAAAUUUCAAGAUUGUUAAAGGCGCAUGCGCAGAGACAGGCCACGCGCAUCGAAAGGAAGUCUUCCGGGAGGCUUUGGGAGUUCUAGAGUGGUCCCUAUAGGGAUUAGGGGAACAAACAGACCCUAUAGGGGCCGAAAAAGUGGCCCCUAUAGGGACCCUGAAUUAUUCAGUUAUCCUCAUAGAGUUAUUGACCAGCAUGUCCCCUAUAGGGGCCACCAACAAAAACUCCUAUAGGGACUACUUUUUGCAAAUUUAGUGGCCCCUAUAGGGAUUGGUAAAGGGGUACUUAGAGAAGACGGAAAAAAAACAGUAGAAAAGUUUUUUUUUUUGAUUUUGGUGAUAGAAAAUAGAAUGAAAUUGGCUCAAAUUUUGAAUCAAUGUGAACGGAUUUUUGGGAGUAAAAUUUUAAAAAACGAUUAAAAUUUGGUUCUAGCCGACUUUUUCGGUGGUGAACUCUUCUCUGUUCCCUGAGCUUUGCUUUUGAAAAUCUGCUUCAAAAAAAAAUCGAUAAUAUAAUUCCGUAGGGUCGUCUCCUCAGCAACUCACUGGGACCGAUGUUCGAUCGGAGUUUCCGCGGAUGGAAUACCGAACUCGGCGUUUUGCGGCCAAAUGGGCGCCAUGUACCUGUUCGGCGAGGCUCUGACCCUCCAACAGACCAAUUCCUUGUUCUGCCUCGGCCCCGCCUACCAAUCCACCUUCAAACACGAUUCCGAGACCAGUUUGCCCGAGGGAUACAAGAAGGUGCGGUGUUGCUUGAAAAAAUGAAAGUUUAAAGGAAAUAUUCUGCUCUAAUCAUCCUAAAUUUCAAAAAAAUUAUUCAAAAAGUGCGUAUUUUGCAAAUGCAAGCUCAACCAUUACCAACAGCAAGAAAAAUUUUUUUUUAUUAUUUUUUUAUUUCUGCAUCUAUGAGAAAUCAGAUUGUCAACUUUUCCAGCCAAAUCGAUUAUUUUUCGGUUUUUCCGUCUUUUUACAAGUUUUUUGUGAUAAUCUAUGAAGCAAAAAGUAAGAUUUAGUGCUCAGAAAUUCAAAAUUCACGAAUUUUUUUCAAUUUUUUUGAGCUCAUAAUUUUGAUCGAAUAAGUUUUUUUAGAAGAUGCGAAGACGCCAAAAAAAUUAUCACAUUCUUUACUACAGAAUAAAGUAAUUUCUAAAAUUUUACUCGUGAAAAAAAUCAAAAAUUUAAUUAUUUUUUUGAAUUUAUUCCGAGAUUUUAUAGGUUGAAAAAAAUUUUUUUUUAACUCGAAUUUCGGUUUCACUGUAUGAGUAUAUAUAGAAAACUGUUCUUGAGAAUUUUAUUACUUUCGAAAAAUCCGUACCAAAAAAGAAAAUGUAUUUUAUUAAGCUUCUAGAAGGUUUUUCGAGCAAGUUUCAUGAUUAUUUUUAUUUUUUGAUUGAUAAGAUUUCGUGAAAGUAUCAUAUUUUGAAACUUUGAUUUCUUUUUUCUUAAAAGUUUUGUAGAUUUCGGCUUUUUUAUAAUAAUUUAUUGACAAGUCAGUGUAAACCCUAAAGAGUCCGCUUGAAUCUAAAAUUUGAGAGGAUACACUAUUAAAGGCUUUUUUCUAGAUCUUCGAAGGGAAAUUUGAGAGAGUUUUCAAUCUCAAACAAAAAUAACCUCCCUUCCCUUCUAGGUGAUAUUUUGAUGAUUUCUCAACCUUUCCAGCACCUCUUCGAUGGUCAUCUCCAUUCUUCGUUGGUUUUCGCCUACUGUCCCAAAAAUUGUCACGGACAGUUGUGUUUAUACACGCCGUCAAAGACUGGAACCAGCUACUUUGUUCAGAUUCCUCAUGCGGUCAUGAAGGAGGUAAAUUUUUAAACAAAGUGAUGGUUUUAUCAAUAAAGAAAAUGCAAAACGAAUUAUCGGUCUCAUAACGAAGUUUUUAGUCGAGCAUUCUUCUUUCAAAGCCUUGAAAAAAACAUUUUGUUAGAGGGUUUCUCAAAAAGAGUCCAAAAGACCUUGAAAAAGCCUAGAGCUCCUUUUCGAGUUUCCAAAAAGGAGCCGAAAGUUUCUCGAAAUCUUUUUUUUUCCGCCUUCUUUUUUACACCUCCUCGGAAGGUCCUUUUCAGAACAAAGGUCUAAAAAAAAGGCGCCUUUGAGGUUUUUUAAAGGUCUUUUAAAUCCUUUUGAGAUCUUUUGGACUCAGCAUUUCCUUGAAUAUUCGAUUAAUUUAAUGGGAAUCGUCGUUCUGGAGCUUAUAAUAAAUGUUUUGAAAAAAAUUUUUCAAUUUUUAAAAAUUUAGUAGUUAUUAUUUUUUUGUGGUUUUUCGCUCUUUCAAAAAAACCCAUUAGAAUGUUUUUACAUUUGAAAAAAAUAGUUGAAAAUAUUCAAAAAAAUAUUCCCUAGUUAUCGAACCUAAAGGCAAAGUCGGAAAGGGUGGAAAAAAGCUCCAUAGAAUUGUUCUUUUUAGGGCGACAUAGGGUCGUUUUUGCGCCAUUUUAUCAGCUUUUAUGCACCGUUUUUUCUGCCUUUCCCUUUUUCCACCAUUUCUUGAGCCUUCAAAAUGCCAGGAAAAAUGGAAGGCUCGAAAAAGGGACUCUUUUUGCGGCCUUUUUGGAGCCUUUUUGCUGCCUCUGCCUUUUAGCGGCCAUUAUCCACCAUUCCGGUAGUCCAGAAAAAUGUUUCAAACGGAUCAGAAAAAGCGAGGAAGCGAAAUAAAAUCGAUCAAUAUCAUCCGUCAAAGUAGCUAUAAAUAAAAUUAAACAUUUUGAAUUUCAGGGCGUCGAGGUCAUCACCACGCAUUCCAUCCACAAAUCACUCCAAUCUGUCGGCGGAAUCCAAAUUUUGCUCCCACUUUUCUCGCAAAUCGAUUUUCCGUCACCUCAUGACAACACCAUCGAUGUGGAUAUUUGGUAUUAAGGAAAAAAAGAUUGAUUAAAUGAUUAUUUUUCAGUCAGACACUUUUGUCGCUGAUAUCCCUCCUUUUGUGCAGCUCACAAACGAGUCAGCAGCAAUUAUUCCACAGCAAAGGGUUCCUGAUCAUUUCCCACUCUUUGGAGAAGGUAAAAAUGAAGAAAAUUGGUCAGAAAAGGACGGAAAAGGGAAAAAUUUGGAAGAAAAUGGUAUUAAAUUCGAGAAAAUUGAUUGAGAUUUUCAAUUUUAUGUAGAAUGACGUCAUUAGAAAACGCUCGGCUCGCUCUGAUUGGUUUGUCGGGUCAUUGUCUCUGAUUGGUUUGUCGGGUCAUUGUGGGCGGAGCUUGAGUGAUGAAUUUUUAAUCUUAAAAAACUGAACAGAUUGUAUUGUAUUGGUUCUUAAAAAUAAGAAAAAAAACGAAAAUAGACAAUUUUUCGUGUUCUAUUGAAAUUUUUUUGACAGAGAAAAAAAUGAAAAAUUUGCAAAAAAAUGGUUUGGAAUGAAGAAUGAAACUUAGGCUCUUUACUGCAAGAAACGGGUUUUUUUAACUUUUUUUGAUUUUUUUGUCUAAUUUUGUUAUUUUCGUUGGCCGGUUCAACCAGAUACCCUUUUUCAGACGUAAUUUGAGAUUUUUCCAAAAAAAAAUUUCCCUAAUUUUCCAGGCCUCCCCAGCGCAUUUGUCAAUGAACGUCCUGGAACAGCUCAUUUCGAUCGCCAAAUUUUUGCUGAGAAUCCCCGCCGGCGGACCUCUCCUCAAGCACCUCUUCGACCACAUCCUGUUCAAUCCCAAGCUCUGGAUCAGGGCCAAACCCGAAGUUCAGGUGAAUAGAAAAAUUGUCUGAAAAAAGGAGGCUGAGAAGUUGAAAAUGAGAGCGUUUUUCACUGAAAUUUUGACGGAAAAGCAAUUUUAACGAUUUUCUUAGGGUUCUUAAGGUCGAACUUAAAGUUGAGUUUAAUAGGAAAUGAUAAUUUCUAGAAAAUAAGGUUCUGAAGUUGAAAAAAAGAGCGUUUUCCACAAAAAUUUUGACGGAAAAGCAAUUUUUAACGAUUUUUAUAGAAUUCUCAGGGCCCUACUUGAAGUUGAGUUGAAUAGGAAAAACAUAAUGUUUAAAAACAAGGUUCUGAAGUUGAAAAAAAGAGAAUUUUACAUUAAAAAAUUUUGAAGAAAACCUCAAUUUUCACCGAUUUUUUUUCAAGGCUGAUCAAAGCCGAUCAUGAAGUUCAGAUGAAUAAAAAAAUAAUUUCUGAAAAAUCAGGCUGAGAGCAAAAAAAAAAGAAUAUUUUCCACACAAAUUUUAACGGAAAACACAGUUUUUACCAUUUUAACCAACGGAAAAUGAAAUUUUUAAAACCUAAGGCUGUGAAUUUCAGAAAAGAGCACAGAAAUUUUGACGAAAAAUCAGACUUUUCAACGAUUUUUUUCAAGUAGAUCCGAGCCGAACCUAAAGUUUGGGUGAAAAAGAAAAAAAUUAUUUCAAAAAAAUAAGACUGUUAAAUUGAAAAAAAAGAGGAUUUUACAUAUAAAUCUUGACGGAAAAACACCAUUUUUUUACCAACAGAAAACAAAAAUUUUUUUGAAUAUAAGGCUGUGAAUUUGAGAAAAAAAGAAGCACAGAAAUUUGACAAAAAAAUAAGACUUUUUAACGAUGAGCCGAACCUAAAGUUCGGUUGAAAAAGAAAAGAAAAAAAUUAAAAAAAUAAUGCUGUGAAAUUGAAAGAAAAAAGCAUUUUCCACACGAAUUUUCAAGAAAAUCCCAACUUUCACCGAUUUUUUCAAGGUAGAUUAAAGCCGAUCACGAAGUUCAGCUGAAGAAACAAAUCAAUUUGAAAUUUUAAGGGUGUGAAUUUAAAAAAGGAGCAUUUUCCAUUCAAUUUUCGACGGAAAACACAACUUUUAACGAUUUUCUCAGGGUGGAUUAGAGCCAAACGGAAGUUUAGGUGAAUAGGAAAGAAUAAUUUCUAGAAAAUAAGGUUGUGAAGUUGAAAAAAGGAGCAUUUUCCACACAAAUUUUGACGGAAAGUAGAAUUCUCAUCAAUUUUCUUGAGGUCCACCUGUACCAGUACCUUUCCACGGACUUCCUGGCCAACAACAACUUCUCGCAAAUGAUCCGAAGAGUGCCGACUUUGAUCGAAAUGUGCCACACGUUGAAGCAUUUCUACUGGCUGAAAUUGCCCUCCACCCCGUCGAAUUAUACGGUUUUUAUUUUUUUUAAAAACAUUUUUUUGGUGUUUUUUUGUCCAAAAAAAUUUUUUUAGAAAGUAUGUUUAGAAGCUUUAUCAGACUGAAAAAAGAGUCUGGUUUCUGAAAAAAGUCAGGAUUCGCGAAGAAAAAAAAAACAAUUUAUGUCGGUUCCUCAAAAACAUAAAUCAGUUUUGUUUCCAUAGAACAAUUUUUUUGAAUUCUAGAGAUUUUUUUACGUAAAAGAGUUUUUUUCUGUAUAUUUAAGACUGUUUAGCGUAAAAAAUCUAUUAAAUUUUUUUGGAGUUGUCGGAUUAUUUUUUUACUGUUAACCUGGAUCGAAAAACCUCUUCUUUUCCUACUUUAAAGAUUUUUCAUCAAAGAGUCGAAGCAAAAAAAUUCGUAAAAAAAUAAAAAAACGUGGUUUGAGUCUCUGUAUUCAUUCUUCAAUAGAAAUAUAAUGGAAAAACUAAAAAUUUUAUAGUUUUUUUAAAAAAGUUUUAGAGACAAAAUGCCGUUCCAAGUGCCAGUUAAGGUUAACAGGAGCGUUGGAAUUUCGAUAAUAAGGGAUUGUUUUUUUAAAAAAAUUGUCUUACGAUCUUUUUUUUGGCAUGAAUAGUUAUUUUUUUUAUUUCAGUGUUCUCAUAACUUUUUGCAUGGAAUCAUUACUGGUUUCUCACUCUUGAAAGUUGCCAUUUUCAUUAAAAAUUUCUUCAGACUCUUAAGAAAACUGUUUUAAAAAAACCUUUAAACUACCUUUAUGGGUCGGUUUUUGGUUAACUAUGGUUUUUUUAAUGGAUAUGAACGGUUUAUGAUGAUGACGGUGAAUGGAAUAGUUAAUUUUUUCCGAUUUUCAGGUAGAAGAAAGACCGGAAAACUUCCCCCAGCAAGAUAUUGUCUCCAUCCGAAGCUCAAUUCUGGCCUUUAUCAAUCGAUUAAUUGUCCUAAACGGCGAUGAAGAAGCCGACGCGACACACGAACAAGAAAUUCACAACAUGUUGAAUCUUCUCGCGACGGUUCAUGAGGUUUUCAUCGAAAAAAAAUCCAGGAGAAAUAUUAAAUAUUGAAUUUUUCAGGACGAUAAUCUGUACGAUGUCCUGGCGUUGGUGACAAGGCUUCUGGCCGAACAUCCGGCCAUUUUGAUCCCUUGUCUGGAUCGAAAUAAGGCCCUCGGAAUCGUUUUCAUGCUGCUCUCGUCGCCCAACGAGUUGAUACGGAUCCCGGCGUUGAAGAUUUUGGGAUUCUUCCUGUCCAGAUCUACCAUAAAGUUUGUUGGGAAUGAAUAAAGAAGAAAAUAUAUUUUUCAAAAUAGGCAAAAAAGAAAAAAUUCGAUCAGUUUUCUAUGAAAAUUGCUUCAUUUAAAAGUUUUUGAAAUCCUAAAUUUUGAUUUUUAACGGGAAAAAGUAUAGCGAUAUCGCUCGCCUCUCGCGGAGUCUUUAGCAAUAUCGCUCGCCUCUUACGGCGGCUAUAGCGAUAUCGGUCGCCUCUUACGGCGGCUCUAGCGAUAUCGCUCCCCUCUCGCGGAGUUUUUAGCGAUAUCGCUCGCCUCUCGCUGCGGCUAUAGCGAUGUCGUUUCUCUCUGCGGCUGUAGCGAUGUCGCUCGCCUCUCGCUGCGGCUGUAGCGAUAUCGCUCCCUUCUCGGGGCGGCUAUAGCGAUGUCGUUUCUCUCUGCGGCUAUAGCGAUACCGCUCGCCUUUUGCGCUAGCCAUAGCGAUAUCGCUCGCUGCGGGUUUAGCGGUAUCGCUCGCAUUUUGCGACGACUACAGCGAUAUCGCUCGCCUCUCGCAGUGGUUAUCGCUUCCUAGAAAAAAUAAUUUCAGAAGAAAUUUUUCUCUAGUUUGAUCAGUGAUUUUCAAAUUUAAAAUUUAUGCAGCGAAAUCGAAGCCUCGGCUAUAUCGCGUGCGGCCCGCGAUAUAGUCAGUUAUGUUGAAAGAUCAUUUUAUCAAUUACAGGAGAAAGACCGAAUCGAUGUGCUCGAUGAACCUAUUCCCACUGAUCGGCGAACGGCUUCUGUCGCAUUCGAGAACGCUGUCCGUGGCGACGUACAACGUCCUUCUGGAGAUCCUCGUCGAGCAGAUGACGACUACUUUCGCCUAUGCUGGACAUCAGCCAGCUAAACCGCAGUGGAGGUCUUGGUUUCUUCUGUUUUGGAGAGGAAAUGGGGAUUUUUGUGGAGGAAAGGGGUUUUUAGUGCUUCUACCAAUAACUAGGAAUCAACUGAAUCGAUUUUCAUAACUUAAAAAAAAUUUUAAAACCUUCGUCUUCUUUAUCAGUUGAAAAAUUAAGAGCAAAGAGUAUUUCAAACUUCUGAAAACCUUUUCAAAAGCAAAGUAUAGUCAUUUUCUUCAAGGUUCGAGAAUCCGCAACUGCUGAAAGUCAUCGCGAACGUCAUAUCUCAAUGCGACGAAAGCGAGGAGAUGAUCAGUGUCAGGAAAUGUUUCCUGCUGGACAUCAUCAACAUGUGCCGCAACAGCAAGGAGAACAGAAGGUAUAUUCUAUAAGUGCAUGCUCGCGUAAAGUCGGAAUGGUGGAUAAUGAGCGCUGAAGGGAGAAGGCUUAAAAAAGGCUGCAGAAAGACUGCAAAAAAGCUGCAGAAAGGCUGCAAAAAGGCAGCAAAAAGGCUGCAGAAAGGCUGCAAAAAGAGUCCCUUUAUCGAGCCUCCCAUUUUUUCUGGGAUUUUAAAGGUUCAAGAAAUGGUGGAAAAAGGGAGAGGCUGCAAAAAUGGUAAAAUGGCCAAAAAAAAUGGCGCAAAAAGGCAGCAAAAAGGAACAUUUCUAUGGUUUAUUCCUUCCGACUUUAAUUAUGUGAAUUUAUGAAUAUUUUUUUCUUGAAAAUUCGAUGAUUUUGGCUCCAAUUUUUCGAUUUUGUAACGUUUCAAAAAGCCUUGUACUUUUGAAAAUCGAAUUCCUGAAUUCUCUAGCUUCUGGAACUUCUUAUGAGUGUCCUUUACAUUAGAAAAAGUCUAAGCGUUUUUUUAAAAAUCCAAAUAGAAGGAGUUUUUCAUUGAACAUUGUAACUUUAUCAAUCGUACAAAGUUAUUAUUUGGUUUUAAUUCACCUUUUUUUCUGAUCACUAUUUUAUAUUUUUCAGAACGAUCCUGCAAAUGUCGGUCUGGCAAGAUUGGCUCAUCGGCUUGGCCUAUGUCUAUCCGGAAAAUGAAGCUCAGGUUUUUCUCAAUUUUUCUUGAAGUUCAAAGCUCAAAUUAUUGAUUCCAGGCUGAGGUCUCGGAACUCGUCUGGGAGACGUUUUCAAUCCUCUUGCACCACGCCUUGAGACACGAAUUCGGCGGCUGGAGAGUUUGGGUCGACACUUUGGCCAUCGCUCAUUCCAAGGUCGUUGUUUUGAAUCGAAUAUUGGAACUUCCUAAUUUUCACAAGUAAAAAUGUUAGGGAAAUGUAAGAAAAUUCGAAUUUAUCAAGAACAAAAAAACAGGAAAAGCGAUUGAAAUCUUGUAAUUUAUCAUGCAAAUUACCAGGUUAGAAUACUAUAAAAUUUGAAUAUUUCUAGAUUAUUUUUUUCAGGGAAGCUCCAGUUAAAAUGAGUGGAUUUUAUUCCAGAUUAUAGAAUUGAGAUGAGAAGUUGAGCGGAAUGAAAUGAACCGUGAAAAUACCCUUAAUUGUUGAACUUUUAUGAAAAUUACCUUAUACAGCUUACAUGUUAGUUGAUAUGAAGGCUCAGAAAAAAAAAACAGCGUUAAAUGGAAAAAAUUACUUGCGUCACGAAAAAAUGUAGAAAUAGAAAAAAAGUAUCCUUAUUCAAAGUAGCAUAAUGGUUAAAAAUUGCUCCAAAACGCAACAACAUGGCUUCAAAACAAAGAAUUACAACUGUUUCGAAGCAAACUUGAGGUACCGAUGAACCCACUUCUGCGCUUUGAAACACUACGAUGCGCACGUAAUAGCAAACAAUGAUAGUUUAUUCACUGCCAUAAAAAAAAACAUUAGGUAGUAUAGAAAAAGUAUAAGUGAUCAACAUAUGACGGGCAGAAGAAUAACAAUACGCGGGAGUCAACCCCAACGAGUUGACAAGUACCCGGGAGUAAGAAAUUUUUUACAGUAGACGAGAAGGGAUAUUUUCAUAAAAAAAGCUUGAAAGAUUAUUCAAUUUGUUCCCGAAGGGUUUCUGAGGUGACGUUAAAAAUCUAAAUAAAAAAAGUUAGUUUAUUCCAAAGAGGAAUAGUCCUAGAGAAGUAGUCAUUAGAAAACAAAUAAGAAAUUUUUCGAGCCUGGAAAGUUUUCGUAAUUGUCCUACAGUGAGCGCUCCAGGCGCUGAAUUUCCCUGUUCAGAAUGAAAUUUCAAACUCUCAAAAUUUCACACUGAAAAAAGGGUUUCACAGAUUUUUUCGUCUUUCGAAAAAGUUUUUUUAUGCUCUAUCGGAAAGAAUAAGUUUCUUUUCUCCGAUGCACACGUCAUCAUUUUUUUUCUUUAAUAUAUUUCUACAUCUAUCAUUUUAUCUAAAUGCUGCUAUUUCUAUAUUGUCUACUUGUGAAGUUUUAGAUUUUGACCGCUUUCUUGUUAAAUUAAUAUUUUCGAAACUAGAAAUUCAAGAAAUAUAGAAGAAAGCUCUCAAAAGUUCAUAGUUUUCGCACGGCGUUCUUAUCAGCGAAAGAAAAUGCAGAAAAAAAAUACCAGGGGCGGGCGCCGAAAAUCGUACGGCAGCAGUAGUUUUGAUCUGUUCAGGACCCGUUUUUGGAUUACAAGACCCACCCUUUAAAGCUCUCGCAAGAUUUACGGAAAGAGUUAAUUGAAAAAAGCAUAUUUUUUGCUUUUUUCUUUAUUAAUACUACUUUUAACGUUUUUUAUAUAAGUACAAGUUAUUAUCCAGUUCCUUUGGCGUAGUUUGAAACCAGUUCCGUGUAAAUUAGAGCCAAAUUGAAUUUGCUGAUGCAGUUUGAUGAUUUUGUUAUAUGAAUCAUCUAAAUUAUAUUUUUUUUUUCCAGUUGUUUCAUGGUUUUUCGGAUUUAAACAAACAUUUCGCCAUAUAAGGUUUUUUUUUCUGAAAUUUCUGCUUUCUAUCCAUUAUUUGUUUUUCUGAAGCUAGGUUUUCAAGCUAUAUAAAAUGUUUCUUUUUUUUCAUUUACUCCUCGAAUUUUCCUUAUUUCAAUAUUUUUUUCGUAUUUAAAAUUGCCUAUUCAAUGGAAGCUGAUUCAUUUUCAUAAUACUUUUUUUGUUUUUUUAUUUUGUAAUUAGUAAUUUAGAGUUUUCCCCAUUCGAAAUCGUUCCUAAAUGUUUUUUUAACGUAAGUGAAUGUUUUUUUCACAUCAUAUUCUUCAAACUGACAAGAUUUCGAACAUUUCAGAAGUUAUUAUCCUAAAAUUGCAAAUUCUAAAAUUGAAAAAAACAAUUUUGAGUAUGCGACAGUGCGUCUCGGUGUGCUUACACCCCAAGCAUCAUACUUUACGAGAAGUCUUAGCAUUGCGUAAUAAAAAAACGCCGUGUUCAACCUUUUUUUCAAUAUUUUUUUAAAAAGGAAUUUUUUUGAGAAUGAAAAUGAAGCUUUCGGCGUCAGUUGCUUUUUUUCUAUUUUAUAAAGAAUUUUUUUCAGGUCAGCUACGAGAAAUUCCGACGGAAAUUGGCCGAGGCCAAGGAAAAUGCGAAAACUGAAGAGUUUGUCGAGUUUUUGGGAUAUGUGAAUUAGUUUUCAUCGUUUCAGGAAAGCAAGCGAGCCGACUCCGGUUUAUCGAACACCCGAUUUUAUUUGGUCCGAUGUGCAUAUUCGAUUGUUGAAUGAUUUGCUCGUUGGCAUUGAAGGCGUCGUCGAGGAGUGGAAAGCGUGGGUUUUUUUGUGAAAAAAAUUGAUGAAAUUGAUAUAUUUUAACAUUAUGGAAAGCUUGGAAUAUGGUCUAUUUUUCACGAUAUUUUUAGUUGCAUUUUAAAAAUUAAUGGGAGAAUUUUUUGAAGGUAUUUAUAAAAAAUGAUCAGAAUUGCUGGAUUAUUGGGUCGAUUAAAAGUUUUUUUCUAUACUUUUAAAAAUAAAAUUUAAUUAAAUCAAAAGGCGAACUUUUCAAUUUUUCUUGCUUGAAUGUUACAGAAAUUUACGCAUUUUCUAUUUUUGCUUUUUUAUGGUUAAAGAGAUUCCGCGAAGUUCAAAAUUGCCGUCAGAGAGUGGAAAAGAUAACUAAAUUUCGGAGAGGCAGAGAAAAUUUUGCAUUUCCCGAAAGUUUCUUCAAACCCGGGACAUUAGAAAAAAAUUGUAUCUAAAAAAAUAUCUUACUCUGAAAAAAAAAUUUAGAACCAAAAGUUCAAUUUUACCAUUAGCACUGCGUUACCAAACGGGGUGGGGAGACGUCAAAAAAAUUUUGGCGCGAAAUUUGUUAUCUCAACUACGCAGCCAAAUGUGUUCUUCAUGCCGUUGAAUACUCAGUUUAAUUUGCAAAUAUAGGUAGCUGUGACGUCACAGUCCCUUUAUCCGAAGCGCGCACUUACUAUUUUUUGUAAAUUCAGAAACUUUGACGCCUCGCUUACCUUCCCUCAUUAGGUAUGCCGUGUUAGGAAGCGCUGAACGAUUCAUUUUUGAAUUUUCUAAACAAAAUAUGAAAAUAAAUAGAUUUUCUUCAGAGUGGAAGGAUCGACCCUUGCUGACCAGUGCAACGUCACUGACAACCAAGUUUUCGUUGGAAACGUGGUCCAUGUGUUCUCCCAACUGGCGGAUAGUCUCAUCAUGGCUUGCGGAGGACUUUUGCCCCUUCUCGCCUCGGCUACGUCGCCCAAUGUUCGUCGAGUUUCAGAAAACCAUUCUGGAUUCCUACGUUAACAGCUUUCUGAACAUUAGCUUUAACAAAAGUUGUAGGUAGUGCAUGGUUAGAAUAGAUAUAGCAUGUGUACCACGACUUGGAAUUUCACCGGACGACAUUCCGCUGUGCCGCUGUGCGCCUUUGCGAACCUUGGUCGCGCUUUUAUUUUUUUUUUCUCAUUAAGGUACUCUACUUUCAUGUGCUCCCACAGCAAUAACAAUCAAUUGAAAGCGUGAUCUAGAUUCGAAAGACGCUUCGCGAACGCACGCAGCGGAACAGCGGAAUGUCGUUCCGUGAAAUUUCAAGUCGUGGCACACACACUAUAGUGCAUGGUUAGCGUAGAGCGCACACAGGCCACACCUCUUUAGGUCCCAAGAUAUUCGUUCGAAAAUUUUGUUCAUUUUUUUAAAAGUUGGGAACCUUUAAAUUACAGCUCCGAUAAAUUCCACCAUGUUUUUGAAAGUUUUUUGACUUUAAAUAUGAUCGUAGAGAUAAAAGGAGAGUAUUAUUACCUUUCUGGCUUUUUUGGUUUUUUUUUUUUUUUUUUUCAAAACUUUUUACCUGAUGUACAGGAUGAAGAAGCUGAUUUUUCAAAUUAGCAAAACAAAAUGCUUAAAUUUGAGCGGUAAAUAAGUUUUACCGAAAGUAUAGUCCGUGUGCCACGACUUUGAAUUUCACUGAACGACAUUCCGCUGUUCCGCUGCGAGCGGUCGCGAAGCGUCUUCGCCUUAAAAAAUCUCGGUUGCGCUUCCAAUUUUUUUCUUUUAUUUCAGUACUUGAUUUUUACGUGAUCAUAGUGGAACAGUCUAUCUACCAGCAUUGAUAACCAAAAAAAAAGCGCAAGAGAAGCUCGCAAAGACAAAAACGAUUUGCGACCGCCCGCAGCGGAACAGCGGAAUGUCGUUCCGUGAAAUUUCAAUUCGUGACAUACAGACUAUAGUGCAUGGUUAGGACAGGCCACACCUCUUUAGGUUUGCCAUGAAUCGACUCUGUCUUCAAUGAACCCUACCACUUUGAUUCAUUCAUGAUUCUCAUCAGAGCGAACUCGAAAUAACGGACGCUUGUCAGCAGCAACUUCCGAUCCCGGUGGCUGCAGCAUUCCUGACCCGAUUCGCCAGACUCGUCGAUUCCUUCAUCUUGGCCAGUGGCGUCUCGUUUUCUGAGCUGGAGCAGGUAAAAAGAAAUCGCUACGGUUCUUCUUUUUCGGCCUAGACGGUUGCGACACGUAGGGGAUCCAAGUUUAAAAUUUGCACAAAAGAAUUCAAUUUGAGAUUUUCCUGAAACUUGGCCAGAAAAUUUAUUAAUGUACAUGAUGAAGAUUCUGAAAAUUCAAACCUUUGAAAUUUUUUUUAAAAGAAAUAAUAGCUCAAAUGGCUCAUUUGUACUCCUUUUUAUGGUUUUCAUCUCGAUUUUAAGAAAAAUUGGAAAUUUUGGCAGUUUGAGACUCCUGGUACUGGAAAAAAUUUUUAGUGGCCACUAAAGAGGCUCGCCAAGGACUACUUGGAGAGGACACUAAAGUGGCCACUAAACCCACCACUAUAGUGGCCACUAUUUCCCUUUUUAGUGGCCACUAUAGAGGUUCUCUAUUUAGUGGCCACUUCAGUAGUUUUACAUCCAGUAUUCCUUCCAGUAACUCUGAAAAUUUUAAAACAAACAGAUUGGACCAGUUAUGUUGAUCCAUCGAUCCCUUAAGUGGCCACUAAACUUUCAGUGGUCUAGUAGUAGCACUUAGACCUCUAUAGUGGUUGUUAAUUUUUAACCCCAUAAGUGGCCAGUAAAUUGAAUACUAUAGUAGCCACUGAAACGUCAAAACCCUAUAGUGGCCACUGAAGACUUUUCCAGUACUGGUAAGGUGAUUAUUAUUGGAUUGGUGCUAAGGACCGUCCCUUUUCAGCUGAGAAAAAUUAAUUUUGGAAUAUUUAUGAUUUUUUUCCAGGAGAAGAACAUGCCUUCUGGAGGCGUCCUCCGACAAUCUUUGCGUCUUUCGGCUACUGUAGCUGUCCGACACAUUCUAGCCGCCCGGGUCCACUCUCCCCCAGCUCAUUCGGCGCCCUUUGAUCCCGCCGCCAGCCCGAAAAACCUGUGCAUUUUCGAGUUUGUCAAAGGCGCCUUGGAGAAUGUUGGUUGAUCAAUAUCGAACUUAAUUGGGGAUUUUUCAAGAGAUCCGCCGAAGGGCUCGAAGAUCUAGAGAAACUCGUCCAGGAGAUCGACAUUCAGAGGAUCAAAGGGGUCGUCUAUCGGGAUAUGGUGGUAAGAUAUUUUGGAGUAUAGUCCAUUCGCCACGACUUGAACAUUUUCGACUGUCUGCGUCUCUUUGCUCCCUCACCACGAGGCCAGAUAAACAUGGAAAUAGCACUUCAACAUGAGAGAGUCACCGAGAGACUAAGAGGGCGCAGAGAAGUCUUAACCCCAAAAUUCGUGCUAAAUAUACUCUAUGACAGAUAUUGGAACAAAAUCCACAAUUUUUGUAAAAAUUUUAGCCUCUGUCCUUUUUCUUCAAAUCUCUUUUUUUCCGAAUCAAAAAGUCGAAUUUCAAGUCGUUACUAUAAUAGUUCAUUCACCGCUAGCUUCGAGAAAUUCCGUCAAUUUUUCAGAUCUUGAAGCGUUUUAUAGUCAAUGUUUCCCGACUUGAAAGGCAAGGGAGGCGGGGCAGGGGGCGGGACGCGUAGCGUGUGCGUUCGCGGUUCUUGGCACGAGUUCAAUUUAACCGCUAUCUACUCUUUGAAAAGCCCGUUUUUCGCUUUUUUUUUUCAUUCCUUUUUCAAUUAUUUAUUGAUUAUGUUCAUGUGUGCGUCAAAAAAUAGCAGAAAACAUUGAAAAAGAGCGGUUGCCGAGCUUUUUAAAUAGUCGGCGACAAUUGAAUUGAACACGUGCCAAGAACCGCGUACGCACACGCUACGUGUCCCGCCCCUUGCCCCGCCUCCUUCGCCUUUCAAGUCGGGAAACAUUGACUAUACAAGCCUUUUUAAACUCUAGAGAAUUCAAAAAGUUUGAAUUUUUUUUUGGAAAAGUUUGGCCCUUUUCGAGCUUCCAUUAGCAAUAAUUUUUCGAGAUCUCGGAAAAAAAUGUAUUGCUUUUUAUCGUCUUUUAUUACGAGUUAUACAUUUAGGACACUUGAUUUUUGAGAAAAUUUUCAAAUUUUGAAGUUUUUUAUUCAUUCUUUUCCACUUUUUCGGCUGGUUUGAGGUACUUAAAAUAGAAAAAUUGGCUUAGAAAUAAAUGAACCACUCUUCGAUCAGUAACUUUGAAAUGGUAAGAUGAAAGCUCAUGGGCGCAUUUGGAAUGGCUCGACGCGUAACGGUUGCGAAGCGACUGCGUGGAAAAAGUAUUGAAGGAAGCUUUUUGCAAUCGCGUUGCUCUGAGUCAUUCCACGUGCGAUCGUGGUGUCGUAUAUCGAGCGAAAGACUUGAAAUCUGAAAAAUUUCAAUUAGAGAUCCUGAAGUUCUUACAACACCGAAUCGUGAAACAUCCUGAAAAAAUGUUUUCCCAUUUUUAUACUUUCACAGUCUCCAAAGUAUAAAGACGCUACAGGGAUUCCUGUAAGAUUGAUAAAUUUGCAGGAAGAAAACCGACAAGCGCAGUUCCUGGCCUUGUCAGUCAUCUACUUGGUCUCCGUUUUGAUGGUCUCGAGGUACCGGGACAUUCUGGAACCUCCCUCGUCGCCCUCGCCGUUCUUCAACUCGACUUCGGUGAACGAAGAAGGAUCGCCGGCCGUGACCAAUGGAGGAACCGUCGAAAAGACCCAAGAAGCCAAUGGGGAAGCCGUCAAGGAAGUCGAAGAGGAGAGAGGCGAAGAAGAAGAGGAAGGAGGCGGAAUCUCGGCGAUCAAGGUGGCCGCGGCUGAGAUCAAGCGCGAUGGGAAUGAGUACAAGGUGAGGAAAAUCGAUAAAUUUUGUACAGGAUUUGUAUUUUUUAAGCUAUACAUAUGCGUGUAAAGAUCUCAGAUAGUCUAAAUGGAUUAGAAAUGUCAGAGUGGCCCCUAGAGGGGCAACCUGUUAAGCACUCGAAGGUCACUAUCUAGGGACCAUCUUACCUCUCCUAUAGUAGACAUUGAGGGUUGCAAAAAAGGCCCAUUUAGGGUUUUUAGUUAGUGGCCCCUCUAGGAAACAUGCUGGCCUCUAUUGUGAGGAGCCCAAUGAGAAAAAUCAUGCGAAAAAGCGUUAUUCGAAUCAAAAGUAUCAGAAGAGAAUUUUUCGAAAAGAUUUUAUUAAGUAUGUCUUUUCAACUUUCAAAUAAUAUCAAAAUAUUAAAGACCCCUAUAGGGACCACUUAAGCUUCAGGGGAUUGAAGUUCAGACCGUUUUUUAAUUUUAAAAUCGGAACGAAAAAGUCAAAAGACCCCUAUAGGGGGCACUUUAGCUUAAGGAGCCUGAAGGUCAGACCUUUAAAAUUGGAACGAAAAAUCAAAAGAUCCCUAUAGGGACCACUUAAGCAUUGAGGGCUGAUAAGUUGAACACUAAACCUCUAUAGGGAACACUUAAAUUCUACCACUAUGGGAGCAAUUUUUCCCCCUCUAUACGGUCUGUUUUUUCUCUUUUUAACCCCUUAAGGGACCUCCUAAACGUUACCCCUCUAGGGACCACUUUGUUGUCCCGGACGUACCUUCAAGAAUUUCUCAAAACCUCCUUUAAGAAAAUGAAAGCAAGAUCGGAAUUUUCCAGGAAGACGAGCUAUCGAAAUUGGGCCAAACCAACGGACGAAGGGCUUCUACGGCCAGCAACGCUCCUCAGCAAACCGAAGAACGACGCUCUUACCUCACGACGAAGCUUCAAACUGCCCUGGAAACCUGCGCGCCGCUUCUCCGAGAAAUGAUGACCGAUUUCCGGAGUUUCCUCCAGAAGACGUUGGUCGGCACCCACGGCCAGGAGAUCAUGAACGACACGAAAGGUCGAGAUCUUCUCCAGAAUCAGGAAUUUUCAAUAGGAAGAAUCUUCUCCACGGGUAAAGUCGAAACGGCCUCCAGAGCUUUUUUCUUAAAAAAUUGUCAAAAGUUUCCCUGAAUCUCCUGUUUUUUCACCUUCAUUCUGUCUUCUUCUUUUUUUCUCCUCGGAACGUCCGCCGUAGAAAAAGGUCAAGCAUAAAAAAAGAAGAGCCAAGGCAUUUUUUCUAAAAAUUUUUCAUUAGGUCUUUCUGAACUUUGCCCGUGUCAAAUGAGUUGAAACAAAUGUAUGAAAAUAGCGUUCUAUGACUUCUACAACAAAAAAGUCUUUUCGACGGUUUCUCUGCCUUUAAAAUAUAAUAAAACCACGGAAAAAGGCGAUCUAAGGUGUUUGGAGGGGUUUUGAACGACUUUUUUAAAAAACAGUUUCUCGCCAUCAACGGAGAAAAGUUAUGGAAAUUUCAACAUGAUUUCGAAACCUGUUAAGCUUGAAGGUUGAAGAAAUUUGUGUAGACUAUAAUCAAGGUCCAGAAAAAAGUCAAAACUUUGAAAACGCUUAAGAAUUUACAAGUUGAGCAUUUGAGUACUGGUUUUCAAGUGGCCUCCUUAUAGGAAUUUUUUGGGUUGAACAUUGAGAAUUUUUUUCCUAGUUGUAUCAGGCUGUGCGGCUAGGAACGGGUCGGUCCUUAUAAUUCUGAAAGAAAAUGUCUAAUUUAGUUCUGGAGACGUUGCGGAACAAGAACGCCUCGGUAAUCGAGCUGGUGAUGCUCCUUUGCUCACAAGAAUGGCAAACUUCUCUGCAAAAGCACGCCGGUUUGGCCUUUAUCGAACUGGUCAAUGAAGGUUCGACUUGAAGACUUCAGAUUCAUCAUUAAAAAAUGUUUGAAGGUCGAUUGAUGGCCCACGCGACACGGGACCACGUCUUGCGGGUUUCCAACGAAGCUGACUUUAUUCUGAAUCGACUCCGGGCUGAAGACGUCAGCAAACAUGCGCAGUUUGAGGUAUCACUCUCGUUGUUUAAGGGGACAAACACAUUAAAAUCUGUUCAAAUCAGAAAAAAAAAAUCUUUCAAAAAUUUGAACGGCUCAGGCUGCUUCAAUAGAGUUACGCCUUGGUCGCACUGAGAAUGGCUAAAAGCUUUCUGAAAUGCUUUUUCAUCUCUCGCGCGGAAGCUGUUUUCGGUCGGUCAAGCGAUAUUCUUGGAAACACCCCGGACAUUUCUGAAUUACUCUAGUGAUCACUCAAGAGCGCUAAACUAAAGUGGUCACUUUAAGAGUUAUUUACUAAAAUGGUCACUUAAGAGUGAUUCACUAAAGUGGUCACCUAAAAGCGAUUCACUAAAGUGGUCACUUAAAAGUGAUUCACUAAAGGGGUCACUUAAGAGUGAUUCACUAAAGCGGUCACUAAAAUGGCCCAGUAAAGGGCCGAGUUUGCGUUACCAAGGCCCCAGCUGUCGUGGCGAAAUUUGUGUUCUUUUCCAGAGCGAAACUCGAGAUCAGCUGAUUGGCCGAUUCGAUGAACAAAAUCGGUGUGACCUUCUGAUUGUCAGUGGAAGACGUCGUGAUACACUAAUGGCGGUGAAACUUCUCGAAAAGAUGGUCGCCAUUUUGACAGAGCCCACGGAUGAAGAAUCGUUUGGAGAUGGAGAUCUUCAAAAAACUUUCAGAAUUUUUCAGAGAAGCCGCCUUCUGGAAGCUCGACGUCUGGGAGGACGACAGCAGAAGGAGGAAAAGAUUCGUCCCGAACCCUUCUGGAUCCAGACACGAAGAAGCGAGGCAGAAGGGCGCCGUCAAGCCGUCCGAGGAGCAGGACCAGAAAAAUGAGGAAGCCCGGCUGAGAAGAGUUUUCGACGGGUUGGUGGAAGAACUUGAAAAAUGGUCGAUUUUUGGGGUUUUACGCUAUAUUUUUGUAAAGAAAAACAAUAAAUUGUUUUUCUUUUUUCGAUAGUUUUCGAAAAAUGCGAGUAUAGUUAUGAAGAGGAGUUGUUUAGUUGAUAAAUGAGCGAUUUUUGAGCCGAUUUUGGAAGAAAAUUCUCUAAAAAACAUCGGAAUCCAUAACUCUGUUAUCAUGGUUUACAGCGUGGUUUUGAAAAAUCAAACUAUAUAUUUUUAGCUUAGAUAUUUCGAGCUGUAAGCCGAAAGUAUUCAAAAAACUGAUUCCGUAGGUUAUUUUGUGAAUUUUUAGCCUUUUUUGAGAGGAUGGACGCCUUGAAAUUUUAAUUUUUGGGACGUUUUAUAGGUAUUUUUGUUGAUUUUUGAAUUUUACCGACCUGCUUAAAAUUUUCAGAUUUUCAAGUUCUCUAACUCAAUCUAGAGAGAUCCGGUAGAGAUGUGAUUCAGAAGAAAAAAUUGAUUUGCAAAAAGAAGAUUUUUUUAGUGUUACACCCGGACGACUUGCUGCCCAAUCUCAUGAACUGGUCGAUGAAUCGGAUAUCGAUAAAUGGGCGGCUGAAGUUGAUCCAACGCCUUCAAGUCGUAAGUUUGUAGAAUCCUUGAAAAGCAACAGAAAAAUGAAGCUUUGAAAGACAAAUCGGAAGUUAUAAUCCAUUUGUCAAGAUUUAUAACGUCGUGGUCCACAAAACCGCUUUUCUGAAUUGCAUCUGACUUGAAACUGUUUGCGCGUUAAGACGUCGAAAGCAUUAAAAUAGCUUUUUCUAAUAGGGACGCUCUGAGCCAUUCCAAGUGCGGUCACGAUUUUAUUUUUUUUGAAAAGUUUCAUGUUUAAAUCGUCCUUCUCGACUUUUUGCUGCGACCAAAAAAAGGGGGUGAUUAUAAAGGGAACACCAGAUUUUGAGAAAAAAGGAAGCUUUUGAAGUCAAAAAUCGAAAGUUAUACUUCAUUUUCCAAGAUUUAUAACGCCGUGGACGCAAGUAGAAAGCGGCUCUUUUUUUCCAUGCAUCGGACUUAAAACGACUUUCGCGCUGAAACAUUGAAAAACAUUGAAAUGGCUUUGUCCUAACAGGGACGCUCUGGGCCAUUCCAAGUGCGGUCACGUUUUUUUUUUUUGAAAACUUCCAUGUUCUUUUCGACUUUUUGCUGCUACCGAAAAAAAAAGACGGGUGAUUAUUUACGAUCCCAUAAAGUGCGCCAUAGUGAAUCGGAAAAAAGACGUGUAAAUUUCCAAAAAACGCCUUGGAAAGAUUGUAUCUUGUAUGGGUCGUUCGCCUUCUGAAACUGCUGCUGGGACACUUCAUUUUAAUGACCCGCCGAACACAUUUGAAACAAGUCGUCACACUUAAGGGACCACUUUAGCGAGGAAAAUGGGGUUUUUGGGAUAGCAUCUGAAAAGGAACUCAGGAGUUUUUUUCUUGCUCGAAAAAAUUAGUCUGAAACUUUCUUCGCUGGAGCUGGGUGGCUUCGUAAACGGCCGUUUUGUUGAUUUUUUCGGAGAAUUUUCCCUCAAGUGGUCACUUCCAAAAACAGCCGGCCGCUACACUUUAAUAUUUCUUACCUAGAAGGACAGAUGGAGAACGAAAAGUCAUACGGUGAGAAUUUAGAGAUGUCAUUUUAGUGAUUGCUCCAGAAGAUCACUUUGAAAUUUCCGAAAAUGAGCUUUCGAUCUCAAAAAAUGGUCUCAGAGGAUUUCCCUAAAGUUACCACUUCUCAACCGUUGUUGCACCACUUUAGUGGUCCCUACCAAAAGGGCCAGACUUGGACCAAGUCUUGUCGUCAAAGUCGUCAGAAAGACUGGAAUUAUUGACCGUGUGAUGUAUCUUUCUAGAAGUUUCCACUCUAGUGAUCAUUUCUAAAAGUUCUUCACCACUUUAGUGACCCCCCUACCAAAAAGGCCGGACUUGAAACAUUUCGUCAGAAUGGCUGAAUGGAUCCGAAAAUGGCCACUGAGUUGAAUUUUUCAAGGCGGGUCCCUGAAGUGACCACUCCCAGAAUAGCUUUUUCAGGCUGUUUUUAACAAGUUAUCAUUAUGACGGUGUGAUGUAUCUACAUUUUCCCUCUAGUGAUAUUUUCCAAACAUUCUGCACCCCUUUAAUGACCCCUACCAAAAGGGUCAGACUUGAAACAAGUCGUCAGACUGGCUGGACGGAUCGACGGUGUGAACUUAUGAUGGUCCCAUCUGGCGUGCGCGAUAUCCGAUAUUGCCGUCACCAUUUUUCGAUGGACCCAUGGCUGGCGCCCCGCCAAUUUUGGAAAUGCGAUAAUUGCCGUGUACGUCACACUUAUAUGACCGUUGACUAUUACGGCCUUUUAAGGAUUUCCAACAAUAUUAAUUGAUUUUUCGAACCAAGCGAUGAAAAGUGCGAACCAAUGAUAAUUUUUCAAAAGAAUUUUUUCGGAGGGUUUUAAACCACGUCCUUCGGCGUAACUUCUGUAAUUUCGAGCGUAAAAAAUUCUCAGAGAGAACAAAUUAAUAAAUCAAAAAUCAAAGAAGAUUCGAACUUUUCCGCUCUAUCGCUAAUUUUAGAAAAAGGCUUCUUGGAAGGUCCAUUUGCAGGAUUACAGAGAAAGAUAAAUGAUAAAGUCUUAGAGCUUUUGCGCUCUAUCGCUAGUUUGAAAAAAAGCUUCUUGAUUGAGGUCCAUUCACACGAUAACAAAAAAAUAUGAAUUAUCAAAGCUUUUGCGCUCUAUCGCUAAUUUUGACAAGCGGCUUUUUUCUGGUUAUUUUUUCCCGCUUAUUGCGGGAGAUAUAUAAAAUCGACUGGGAUGAGCUCGUGAGGAGUUUUUUUUUCAUCAAGAGCUUAAAAUUUCUAAUUUUAUGGACCUCAAGUUCCGAGGGGCCAAGUAGAGAUAAGCUCCAAAAAAAAUAGUUGAAUUUUCAAGCCCACCUUCAGAUUUUAAUGGAUUCAGUGUGGUUCAAAACUCACGAAAACCGCCUGACGAUUGCAAUAAAUUUUCCUAAUUUUGAUCCUCGAUCCAACUUUUUCAAGCCUGAGCUUUACCUGAAGCAUUGUUUUUUAUCAGCCAAGAUAAGAAAAGCCGUUGGCGCCUGCGGAAUGUCCAUACAAACAGCUGUUCGAACAAUAAAUCAGCCCCUGGAUCACUCAGCGUUUCUUUCCAAACGCAACACAAAGCCCCUCAUCGAGAAAAUGAACGAUUCUUUUUUGGCCCUCAACAAAAAGUUUCCCUUUUCCUUCUUCUCCUUGAGCUUUUCGAAGGAGAAUGCAAUGGAUUAGCGACGCUAAUGCUCCCUGGAACGGCCCGAAAAAUGCAGGAAAGGCCCAGGAGAAAUAAUAACGAUGAGCGAUUUUUCAUCCGCCUGGCAAAAAAAAUGGUUCACCUGCGUGUUCAUUUUUUCCCAUUUUUCAAGGUAGAUUCAAAGAAAAAAAGCUCUUUUGCUCGAUUAUUGAGGCCAACAGCUGCGCUUCUUCUUUUCUUUGGUGAAAUGGAGAUGAAGCUCAAAAAUGGGCUUUCUUUUUUGGUUUCCAAGUGGAUAGAAAUGUAAAGGAAGGGAAAAAUUGGUUUUUGAAAUUGAAGUUGGGAAACUGGAGGGGGAUUUUUCACUUUCACCUUCAAAAAGUUGAUUGAAAAAUUUGAAAAAAACAUUUUUUUCAUUUUUUUAUUUUACCUUGAAAAAGCAGCUUUUCUCAUGAUAAUCGAAUUUUUUUUCCUUCAGCAAAAAUUGAAGAAAAAGAGAGGGGAUCGUUAUUAGAGAGUAAAAUUAAUUUUUUUCCAUUUUCAAAAUUUUUCCUUUCCACUGUUUCAAAAAUUGAGUCAGAUUGGUGGAAAAUUCAUUUUAUACGAGAUUUUUGAACUUGGGAGGUUAGUUAGAAGGUAAGCAAUGAAAAUUGAUAAUUUUGUUGCGCCGGACCCAAAACGACUUGCGCGCAGCUCCAUAGAAAGUUAUUGGAAAAGGCGGCGCAAACCUUACUUGCGACUACGGCGAAUUUAAACAAAAAAUCAUUCAAACAUAUAUAAAACCAUAGAUCGAAUUUCCUAUGAGAUGAAGCUGAACUUUCUUUUUCACAGAAAACGCUUGUUUUUCAACUUUGGCCAAGCUGAUCGCGCCUGGAGUCGUGGUCCCUGGAACCUUGUCCAUCACGGCCACCGAUCUAUUUUUCGAUGCCGAUGAGGAUCAUCCGCUCUACAAGAAACAGAGCCAACAGGUAUCAAAAAAAAGUUUAUAAAUUAAAAAAAUAUCACAAUGAUUUGGAAGGUCGUCUGGAUUUGGCGGUUUACACGUAUUGGGUUGAAAUGGAGAAAAAUUGAUGAUAGGAUGAUUUGAAAAUGAAACGGCGAGAUUGUGCGCUCUGUUAAGAAAAUUUGAAACUUAAAAAAAAUUAUUUCAAAUCAAUUUUGAAAAAAAAUUCAUGUGGGAAAAGAUGUAUUGAAGGUUGAAUUUCGAGGGACAAUUUGGGAAAAAAGAGCCGCUGAAAAUUAUAAUCGUCAAAGAAGUUGCGCUCUAUUGAGAAAACUUCGGAUUCUUGAAGAAUUUUCUGAAAAUUAACUUCAAAAAAAUUUGAAAAAUAAGCCUGGAAAGAAAAAUUUUUUCCCCCGAAGCUUGCUCUUCAUAUUGGGAAAUUAUACGACAUUUCACGGACUUUUUCCAUACAGUAA